AUGAACAGGAAGGAGAGAAGAUGCUCUCCUCUUCCAGUUUCCUACUAUGUUGGAACCUUGGGGACUCACACUGAGAUCAAGCGAGUGGCAGAAGAAAAGGUCACUUUGCCCUGUCACCAUCAGCUGGGGCUUCCAGAAAAAGACACCCUGGAUAUCGAAUGGCUGCUCACCGACAAUGAAGGGAACCAAAAAGUGGUGAUCACUUACUCCAGCCAUCAUGUCUACAGUAACCUGACGGAGGAGCAGAAGGGCCGAGUGGCCUUUGCUUCCAAUUUCCUGGCAGGAGACGCCUCCCUGCAGAUAGAGCCUCUGAAGCCCAGCGAUGAGGGCCGGUACAGCUGCAAGGUGAAGAAUUCAGGGCGCUACGUGUGGAGUCAUGUCAUCUUGAAAGUCUUAGUGAGACCAUCAAAGCCCAAAUGCGAGUUGGAAGGAGAGCUGACAGAAGGAAGUGACGUGACUCUGCAGUGUGAGUCAGCCUCUGGCACAAAGCCCAUCAUGUAUUACUGGCAGCGACUCCGGGAGAAGGAGGGAGAGGAUGAGCGUCUCCCUCCCAAGUCCAGGAUUGACUACAGUAACCCUGGACGAGUUCUGCUGCACAAUCUCACCAUGUCGUCCUCUGGGCUCUACCAGUGCACGGCGGGCAACGAGGCUGGGAAGGAAAGCUGUGUGGUGCGGGUCACUGUACGGUAUGUACAGAGCAUCGGCAUGAUAGCAGGAGCAGUGACGGGCAUGGUGGCUGGAGCUCUGCUGAUUUUCCUCUUGGUGUGGCUGCUGAUCCGAAGGAAAGACAAAGAGAGAUACGAGGAAGAAGAGAGACCUAAUGAAAUUAGGGAAGAUGCGGAAGCCCCCAAAGCCCGCCUCGUGAAACCUGGUUCCUCUUCCUCAGGCUCUCAGAGCUCGCGCUCGGGUUCCUCCUCCACGCGCUCCACAGCAAAUAGUGCCUCACGCAGCCAGCGGACACUGUCGACCGAAGCAGCGCCCCAGCCGAGGCUGGCCACCCACACGUACAGCCUAGUGGGGCCAGAGGGGAGGGGUUCUGAACCAAAGAAAGUCCACCGUGCUACCCUGACCAAAGCAGAACCGCACCCAGCAUGAUCCCCAGCCAGAGCAGAGCCUUCUGAAGCGUCUGAGUUAGAGUGGACUUGACUCCCAUGCUUUCCUCGGAGUCAGGAUCUUAGGACGCUUCUAGUCGUUGAAGCCCAGUCACCAGCCACACAACCCCCUCCAACCAGAUGAAAGGCCAUUUCAGUAGCAGUGAGCAUUGCAUGAAACCCACUCAAAUGAGCACUUUCUUUAUAGGACACCAAACAGGAAAAAGGAGGUAAACUGAUCCUCUCCAAAAAGGCAUCUCAUGGUGCCUCAAGACCAGAGUGGGGUUAGAGCGGGGGUCCAGAUCUGUGUAUUUGUUGACCAGGACCUGGGGUGGAAAAGGUUGGGGAAAGGGGAACUGAACACACUUAAAACUUCUCCCCUGAGAUGUUUUGUAUCAAUACUUCGGCUCACCAUUGUCAAGAAGAAAUGAGAUGUUGUUCAUAAAUUUUCUAUGCAUUUCUGCAAA